GAUGCUUAGUGGACGAAUGCUUGGCAAUUUCUGCGAUGGCUUGGGCUAUGUUAUUAGAGAUAGCGUACGAUGUGAAGACUUUUGUGAUCAGUGUCGUAGAUGAGACGUAAAUUGAAGAACUACAAGCUCUAGAGCAAUGGCCAAACAAAGCAACGCUAUCUGUGACACGAAAAGCUGGCCAGUGUCCACGGGUGUCUCAAAUCAGCCAACUUCCUUGCUUCCUUGGGGAGCGCGCAAAGAGCGACAGCCAUUUCCCUCUGGAAUCCAGUUUGACACAGACGUCAAACCAGGAGAGUUUGUCCUGCGUGUUCUCUUCGCUGAAUUCACGGUUCAGGCAGAGAAAAAGAUCAGCGCUGUCCUAGCGGAGCCCCUCGAAAGGCCCGUUUCCAAGUCACUGCAACGGGGUGAAGACAUCGUGUUUGAUCAACUGCUAAGUGCAUUAGGUUCAGUAGCCGAACACUGCCUCCCGUCUUUGUUGCGAACACUAUUUGCGUGGUAUGAACGUCAAACGGUGGAAAACCCCGAGUUUCAAAGGUCGCGGGCCGACUCAAGAGCAAAAGGGGAUGCCGAACAGAAGGUCGAGCGCGACCCUCUACACGAACGACGAGACUUGGCGAUCGAAUUUGUUUUCUGCCUUGUUCUCAUCGAAGUGCUCAAGCAACUACCUCUACAUCCGGGCCACGAAGACCUCGUCGGAUACAUCGAUACGCUCGCCUUCAAGCACUUUCGUUUCCGGGAGAGCUCUCAAACAGGACCCAAUGCACAGAACGUCAACAUAGUAGCCGACUUGUACGCGGAAGUUGUGGGUGUCUUGGCACAAUCGCGUUUCCAAUCUGUGCGAAAAUGUUUCAUGGCAGAAUUGAAAGAGCUGCGGGCCAAGGAGCCCAGCCCUCACACAACGCAGAGCAUUAUCAGUCUUUUGAUGGGGAUGAAAUUCUUCAGGGUAAAGAUGGCACCCAUCGAAGAAUUCGAGGCAUCGUUUCAGUUCAUGCAAGAAUGUGCUACAUAUUUCCUCGAAGUGAAGGACAAAGACAUCAAACAUGCCCUAGCUGGCCUGUUUGUCGAAAUUUUAGUUCCAGUGGCAGCAACUGUCAAGACAGAAGUAAAUGUACCAUGCCUAAAGAACUUUGUUGAAAUGCUUUACUCGCAGACCCUAGACCUCUGCACCAAGAAGAAGCACAGCCUUGCUCUCUUCCCGCUUGUCACCUGCCUGCUGUGUGUCAGUCAGAAACUAUUUUUUCUCCAGAAUUGGCAUUGUUUUCUAGCCAUGUGCUUGUCACACCUGAAACAUCGAGACCCAAAGAUGUGCAGAGUUGCACUGGAAUCUCUUUAUCGCCUGCUCUGGGUGUACAUGAUCCGGGUCAAGUGCGAGAGCAACACGGCAACGCAGACAAGAUUACAGAGCAUCGUCAACUCCCUCUUCCCAAAAGGCUCCAAAGCCGUUGUCCCGAGGGAUACGCCGCUCAACAUUUUUGUCAAGAUCAUUCAGUUUGUUGCCCAGGAAAGGUUGGAUUUUGCGAUGAAAGAGAUUGUGUUCGAUUUAUUGUCAGUAGGAAGACCCAUUAAGAUAAUCCUGACCCCUGAACGAAUGAGCAUUGGCCUGCGUGCUUUCUUGGUUGUAGCAGACAGUCUGCAGCAGAAAGAAGGGUGCCCUCCAAUGCCAAGAGCUGUGGGUGUAUUGCCCUCGGGAAAUACACUCCGAGUGAAGAAGACAUUCAUCAAUAAGGUGCUCACAGAGGACACGGCAAAGAGCAUCGGAAUGUCACAGUACUACUACUACGUCCGAAAAGCCUUCGACGACAUCCUCAAGGCAUUAGAUGUACAGUUUGGACGUCCCCUAAUGAUGACUACAGUACAGAAUGACAUAAUUACUGGAGAAAGGAAGCCCAAAAUCGAUCUGUUUCGCACAUGUGUAGCAGCUGUCCCACGUUUGAUUCCAGACGGGAUGCGACGUCAGGACCUCGUUGAUAUGCUGUCAAGGUUGACCGUGCAUGUGGACGAAGAACUCCGUGGUCUGGCUUUCCAGUCCCUCCAGAACAUGAUGCUGGAUUUCCCGGAAUGGAGGGAGGACGUCAUUCAGGGCUUCGUGCAAUUUGUCCUUCGCGACAUCAACGAUACAUUCCCACAGCUGCUGGACAAUGCUCUGCGCAUGCUGUUACAGUUCCUCACCAGCUGGAAGAACGCCCUGAAUUCUAGCCAAGCCGUCACCCGGGAAGUUUCGGAAAUUCGCAUCGAGCAAAUGACCAGCGUCCUCCACUUGGUUGAAGGUGUUGCGCUGGUGAUGCUCUGCAACUGCAGACUUGCACCACGCAGAUUAGCUGCGCACAUCCUCAAGGAAGCCAAGACGGUCAUGAAGAUACUGUUGCCACCACGUACCGAAGAACCCGUAGUGGACAUCAUUGACAAGGCCUGUUCCAGCACCGUAGUAGAGAAGUGUCUCCCAUUGUUGCCAGCCUCGGAAAGAUCUGCGGUGCUGUCUGCGGCGACGGUGGACUUGCAGUGGCUAGUAGAGAGGUCCAGUCCUGCCUGGACGACGGGAACGCAGGAGGGCGAGAUAUACAGGAUGGACCGCUCGGACGACGUGUCCCGUAUGGAUGCGUGGUGCGCCAGCAUGAUGGGUUUUAUACAUCAAGAACAUGUCCUCAAACACUGCCCCACGGCAGUCACACUGUCCUGGCCAAUAGUUACUGCUCGUAUCACGUCUCUCUUUAGCGUCAUCGAGCUCAACCCUGUGAACGACAACCGAGCAUCCCUCUUGAGGACUGCCCCCGCAAAGAAAGUUCCCAGCGAACGAGAUAUGUACCUGAGCUUGUGGCGUAACUAUCUACUGUACGCUUGCCGUGUAGCUCCCUCUAACAGCAACAUCACUGUGCGUUACUUAUCGCCCGACCUGAGCUUCAGUUCGUCCCCCGAGACACUGCCUUCGGACCGGGGCGAGUAUCGCUACACCGGAAUAAGUAAUAGUGGAAUAAGUGCUUCCAACUUGUUCAAGCAGAUUGUGCCCCUUUUGAGGAGCGAGCAGGCAGACAUGAGGGGUGCAGCAGCCCUGGGACUGUCGCAUGUCAACAGCAUGGCCCUCAAGGACCUCAUGGAAGAGCUGGUGGGAUACAUCCGUGAAGCAAUUGACAGGAAGCAAGAAAACGUUCGCCGUAGGAGACGUCGGGACAUCCUCAGACUACAGCUGACUAAAGUAAUGGAAGCCAUUGCUGAAUUGGGCACCUUUGGCGUCAGCUCGAGUAUUCUAGACAGAGACGCGUCUUCGCUCAACACCACCUUUGUGGAGUACAUUGAUGGUGCAAGGCUCUUUCUGGAAGGAGAAAAUGAGAAAGAUGUUCCAGAAAUAGUCCAAGAAAUCAAACUCCAUUUUUGCAACUUCAUUCACAAGCUGAUCAAGAGCUUCUCCCUGGAAUGUCAGACCCAGCUCUUGGGGCACGACCUCCGACGUAACCUUUUCUAUCUUUUUGCAUCGUGGAGUGGAAAUAUGGGUGUGCCUUUCGGCGUCACAGAGAAGCGGCCAGCUGAGUCCCUAACAGAACUGGAACUGUCUGCACUGCAGGCGAUGUCAUCUGUGCUUUGCUGUGGUCCCUGCAUGGACCCACCAGGUCUCAAUGAAGAGAGUGUUGUGUAUCAGUGGCUCGACAGUUUGUUAGCUUCACAGCAGCUUUACAGCCUAGCUCAAGAAACGGUUGUGCUACUGCUCGAUUUCAACCAGGAUGCUGGGGCACUUCUUGACUGGCUUGUUGACCGCUGCUACACUGGCGACGUUCGCGUUGCUGAUGGCUGUUUCAAUGCCCUUGCCACUGUGUUUAGCGUGCGGGAAUACCCGUGCGAUCACUACAUGGCCAUCAUAAAUGUGGCGCUGCUCAAUGCUGGGUGUCCAAGGGCUGAAAUCCAUCAGACAGCCUUGCAGCUUCUUCAUAUCCUGGACCACCGUUUCUUUCAUUCCACCUUAGCCAUGGACCAAGAUGCCAAGAAACUAACCGAGGGACUAAUAAUCAAUGGCUAUCCCGGAUCUCAGAUUCAGCUCUCAAGGCAAAUGGCUAGAGUUCAUCCAGAACUUACCAUGCCCAUGUUCUCUGAAAUCACCAACCGUUUCCAGACGGCUCGGUCGUCGGCACGUCAGAACCUUCUUCAGUGCCUCCUGCCAUGGUUGUACAACAUGGAGCUCGUUGAUCCACACCUUGUCUCUCAUUUCGGCAUGAUGCAGCACUUUGGCCAGGAGCACUGUGCUGGAACACUGGAGCGGAAGGAAGGAUGGGGAUCGGCGGAAGCAACAGAAAUGGUGCUUAACAACCUGUUUUAUAUUACCGCCAAGUUUGGUGAUGAGCAUCCAAAGGAGAUUGAGGACCUUUGGGCCUCAUUGUGUAGCUGUUGGCCUAACAACCUGAAAGUGAUAAUUCGUUACUUGUUCAUCGUCAUGGGACUGGCUCCUAAUGAACUUCUCCCGUUCACAAAAAGGGUUGUCAUCUACAUGGCAAGAGCUAGGCCAGAGAGGCUGGUGGAUGAAAUAAUGGCCGAGGUUCAGAUGGUAGAGACUCUAAACUUCACCAUUGAGAGAACAGAGACCCCGCCAUUCUUCCGGCUGACAAGUGCUCGCAAGAGCAGUAGUCAUUCGGAAGAUGGUCGCUCUAGUAACGGGCUACAAGUAGACAUCCCCGAGAAGGGCACUCUCCACACCAAACGCCGCAGCACCGAAGACAGCUCAGAUGACAGGAGCAAUGGAAAAGGAUCUUUGCGGAGCAAUUCGAGUGGCAUGUCUCGAGCCGAAUGGAGCGAUGACGGCAGGGACAACUUUGCGCUUCUUCGUGAGGAAGCAAAGCCUGAUACGCCUCAGCCACACCCAUUGCCCAUGCCAGAGUACGGUGGCUUCUAUGCUCCACUGUCAGAGUUUCUUCCGGACAGCUCGCAGCCUGUGGCAAGCUUCCACCGCUGCAACCUUGCCAUCAUGCUGCUCACUGACGUUGUGGUGAGUGGUGUCCAGGUAGAGUGGUCCCCUCAUGUCCCCCUCCUGCUACACGUAAUCUUCCUGGGACUCGAUCACGCCAGGCCCCUUGUGCAUGAGCACUGCAAGAAGCUGCUGCUUAGUCUCCUCCUCGUCGUUGCACAACACAACGACCACUUCACCAUGUCUCGUAUACUAUUGAACAACCACACGCAACAGCUCGGCUAUGGGCUCCCAGCACACUCGCUGACUCGCAUGAAGUAUGACUUCACCGAACCUCAGAAGGUGGCCCUGACUGCAUCUACCAGGCUGGUUCCUGGAACAGACACGAUGGUCUCGGUACGAGUAAAACUCGCAGGUAACGAAGCUGAGCCUCACGACGAGACGCAGUCGAUGGAAGACGUUGUCAUGUGUCUGGUAGAUUUCCUAGCCUCCAAGAAGGAUUGCCCCCUGUGGGCCUUUGAAGACAUCACGGCUAAGGUGUGGUCGGUCAAGAGUGUGGAACAGCUGACGACCUUCCUUCAGCAUGUGCUGUUUGUUUUUAAAGAGUCCAUGCCAUUGGCUCAUAUUCAAGAGCGUUGGGCCCAAGUCUCACUGCAGCUCGCCCUCUCCUGUUCGUCUCGGCACUAUGCGGGCCGCUCGUUGCAAGUCUUUCGAGCGCUCAAGGUUCCGAUAACUACACGUAUGCUAGUUGAUAUCUUAUCACGCCUCGUUGAAACUGUUGCUGAGCAGGGAGAAGACAUGCAAGGCUAUGUAACUGAACUGAUGCUUACUCUUGAAGAAGCCGUUGACACGCUUGAUCCUGCGAUUAAGAUAAGCGAUCUGAUGCGCGAGAUCUUCCAGUCCGCUCCAAACAUUGCGGGAAGCCGCAUGUCGUGCCCUGCUACUUGCCACGUUCGUAGCACAUCCUAUUCAGUAUCGUACCCUGGUCGCAAAGCACCAGAAAGCCCCGAUGCUAAAGACCUGCAGACCGACACGAAACUGCAUGGCAACAGUUUGGGACGCUCGCGCAGCGCUCUGUCGCUCAAAAUGGCAGAUGAACAGUUUGUGCAAGAAGACAAAACUGCUCUUCUGGCACAGUUCUUCUGGAUCUCAGUGUCACUGUUGGACUCAGAUUAUGAGUACGAGUUCCUUCUGGCUCUGCGGCUCCUCGAGCGUGUUCUGACAAAGCAGCCAUUGGAUCAGACAGACUUUCUAGAGAAGGCGGAAAAUAUUCAGCAUCAGAUGAAGUGGUCAAAUUUUCCUGGUGUGCACGCCCUCCUUCUGAAAGGAUGCUCCUGCCCAGCAGCCUUUGACCAGACAAUUACCGUCCUCUCGUUGCUGACGCAGCAUCUCGAAGUUGGCGUUGUUGACCCCAGCGAGACGCUUGGGUUUCCGUUUCACGUAAUGGCACUUCUGCCCUAUCUUCUGUUGAACUAUGAUGAACCAACUCCCUUGUGUACGCGUGUUGCCGAGUCUGUGGCGCACGUAUGCAUGGAACGGUCCCCCAAACUAGAGAACUUGGCCACUGUCAUGACCCUGUAUAGCCGGCGUUCCUUCAGCAAAGAGAAUUCUCAGUGGACAAAAUGUGUGGUGAAAUACUUGUACGAUGCGUACUCUCCGGUCUUUGUUAACCUCCUUUCUUUCUUGGUGGAGAUGGUUGAGAAAGGGUCACCAGCAUUAACGCAGCACACGCUUUGCGUUCUCUACUGUGCCCUCCUCUACAUAGACAUCCACGGAGCUGCACAAGCCAUCAAUGCAGACCUGCUCAGGUCUAUUUCCCGUCAUGUAGAAGGGACCCAGUGGAAAGAUGCCCUGAAAAUCCUCAAGCACGUGGUGACACGCUCAUCAACACUUGCUGCUCCACCAUCUAACGUUCCAUCCACGCUGUCCACCGCUUCGGCCGACUGUGUCAGUAUUGCGUCCAGCAGUUCCUUUGCGGAAUCUGAAGCAAAACGAGAGCUUCCUGGCCGUACAAUGGAAUUCACGUUCGACUUUUCCGUGACUCCUAUCGUCGGAGUUGGCGACAGCAAGAAUUCCGCAUCGCCGAGAAGAAGUCUAUCUCACAACCACUCUUUUAGUGACAACGGAUCGCUGGGAGGAUGGCGCAGACCCUGGCUGUCCCAAGGACGGACGCGGGAACAUCUGGUCAGCCUCCUCACAGCUUGCGGACAGCGUGUCGGACUGCCCAAGAGCCCCUCGGUUAUCUUCAGUCAGACGAGUGACAUACAGUCAUCCAUGUGUAGCAGCACAGAGGAAGUUUCUGCCGCAAACAACGACGCUUCUGCGGACAGCAAGUUAGAAGACGGCACGCACAGUGACCCGCAGUUCGGUGUCUUCAAGGACUUUGACUUCCUGGAGUAUGAGCUAGAAAGCCAAGAGGGUGAAAGCAUCGAUAACUUCAACUGGGGAGUCCGACGACGAUCACCUUCUAACUUUGAAGCUCCUGGUGCUGAUACCAGCCUCGCAACCCGUAGCACCACUCCACGCAGAGAAGAGUCAUCAGACGACGAAGCCGGCAGUGUUUCACCGUCGGAAGGCUUCCCAGCUCUCAAGAGCCGUCCUCCGGGCAGUCCCGGGUCGUCGCAGAGCUUUGUCAGCGACGGAGACCUCACGCUCAGCAAUACAUCACCCAGCUUCUCCCCGCUUGCAGCACCGCUGCUCGACGAUGCGGAAGAUGUCUGGCGGAGCAUCGUCCGACGAGUGCUGUCGUCCAGCCCAGAUGAAUCGUCUGCUGCCAGCGUGUAUCCAUCGCUGGGGCGUCUGCUUCGAGAGGCGUUUCGCAAAGUGGCGCGGAUGACGCGUGAUGCCUGCCAAAUGAUAUCUGGCACAGAUUCAAUGCGUCGUGUCGGAUCUCUGUUCGUUACAGCGCUGGACUCGUUGACGACGGAGCUUCCUUUCGUGUUCAUAGACCCCCAGGUGAUGUCAGUUGGAGAGAGCCUGCGCUGCCUUGUGCUUGAGCAGCAGGAGCAUUGGGAGACAUUCCUGGAGAAAAGAGAGCACGUGUCGGAGGCUCUAGAUGCCGUCCGGUCCGCAGCGAAGCUAGAGGCACUGGGAGAUUCCAUAUCGGGAGACCUGGUGGAAGAGCAGAAGCUGGACCUCUGUCGGGCCUUGCACCGCCUUCACUUCCAGGCCCUCCUACUCCUGGAUGGGUUCCGCAAGCUGUUGGAACAUCUCUCUGUGAGUUCGGUCCAGGCUCACGUGUUGGACCUGUCCGAAGAAGUGGGGACGGUGCGUGCGGAGAUCCUGCGCUCCGUGGAGGACACAGAGAGCGAACGCCUCUCUCCUACCCCUGCAGCUGUAGGAGCUAUGGGGCCCCUGGAAGCAGAAGCCGUUCUAGCUGCACUUCUUCAAGGACGCCACUGGGCAGAGGCAGCGCGACACCUGCAUGCUCACCGCUCUGUUCUACCAGGAGCCCCUCUCGCUGAAGACGACGACUUAGAAGCGGUGCUCGGCGCGUACUGCCGCCAACUAUGUCAGCACCACAACGGGUUUGUGGUGGUGACACGCCCGGAUCAAGACCUACGUGAUACGUGUCACCGGUUGAUGGACUUCAGCCUGCAGGUGUCCUCUGCUCUGCAUGCAUUGGACACCCACACCUUAGAUGCAGGCAAUCCACUUUUCAGCAAGUCAGAGUGCUAAUGUGUGUCGUGCUUUUCAAUGACUUUUGUACAGAGCUUUCGUGAGACCGUUUUGUAUCGUGCUAGAAACAGGCCAUCGAUCAAUUUUACUCAGUACACGUGGGAACAUUGCGUGAAAUUGUAAGCCAGUCGUGUGACCUCUGUUGGUCCUUUUGUACGGGAAGGUGAAUAUGAUGCAGUUAUGCAGCCAGCACAUACGGCCUAGUCAAAGGUGUAGAGGUUCGGCAUUCUUUUAACUUAUUGUAUCAACGUGCAGGUACAAAUAAAACGUCUGCAACAUCAA